AAAAACCGUCCAUAUCCCCUUCAUACAGAAGAUAAAUUAAGCGGGAGCUGUUAACCGUCUGAUCAUUCUUUCUCGUCAUUACCAGAUGGCUUCCAGUUCAUGGUCUCAGUCUCUCUUCAACCUCAAGCUCUCACAUUCACACCCAGCACUUCACCAUCCCAAGCACUCCCAGUCUCUCUUCUUCAAAUUUAACUCUCACCCAUCUUCACCCUUCUUCUAUGGUUCUCAAUUCAAGUCCCAAACUUACAUGCCUCCGAAGCCACCGUUGCUCCAGAGUAGCAGGCUCGUGUUCAAGUUGGGGGCUCAGAGUGAGGGUUCUUCUGGGGAAGAAACUAGGUCGCUUGAUUCUGACGCGAUAUACCAGGAGGUUUUUUCUUGGUCUUCGGUUGUUUUGCCCUUUUUGUUCCCUGCUUUGGGAGGUCUGUUAUUUGGGUAUGACAUUGGUGCAACCUCUGGUGCUACUAUUUCUUUGCAGUCUCCUGAGCUUAGUGGCAUUACUUGGUUUGAACUUUCAGCUGUUCAGCUUGGUCUUGUGGUUAGUGGUUCCUUAUAUGGAGCUCUUCUUGGUUCCAUCCUUGUCUACCCAAUUGCAGAUUUCCUAGGGAGGAGGGGGGAACUCAUUACAGCAGCCAUUCUAUAUGCUCUUGGUGGUUUGAUCACCGCAUCUGCUCCAGAACUUGAUGUUCUCUUGGUAGGGCGGCUUCUAUAUGGCCUUGGCAUCGGUUUGGCCAUGCAUGGGGCUCCUCUUUAUAUUGCAGAGACUUGCCCAUCUCAGAUUCGUGGGACUCUAAUAUCUUUGAAGGAACUCCUCAUAGUUUUGGGGAUUUUGUUGGGUUAUUUUGUUGGAAGUUUCGAGAUUAAUGAAGUGGGAGGGUGGCGUUACAUGUAUGGGCUUAGUGCUCCGAUUGCUUCAUUAAUGGGAUUAGGCAUGUGGACUCUCCCACCAUCCCCUCGCUGGUUACUCCUCAGGGCAGUUCAAGGUAAAGGGUCUUUGCAAGAGUACAAGGAGAAGGCCAUCCAUGCUCUUAGUAAAUUGAGAGGACGACCUGCUGGUGACAAAGUGUCUGAUAUGCAAAUAGAACACACUCUGGCCUCAUUGAAAUCGGCCUAUACAGAUCAGGAAUCUGAAGGAAGUUUCUUGGAGGUGUUUCAAGGGUCAAGUUUGAAAGCUUUCAUAAUUGGUGGAGGUUUGGUCCUUUCUCAGCAGAUAACUGGGCAACCAAGUGUCCUGUACUUUGCGGGUUCAAUUCUCCAGACUGCCGGGUUCUCUGCUGCUUCUGAUGCUGCCCGUGUUUCGGUUUUGAUUGGUUUUUUCAAGUUAUUGAUGACAGGGAUUGCUGUUCUAAAAGUUGAUGAUAUUGGAAGACGACCCUUGCUGAUCGGAGGAGUUGGUGGACUUGCUCUUUCCUUACUUCUCCUUUCAGCAUAUUACAAAUUUCUUGGGGGCUUCCCUGUUGUUGCUGUAGCUGCUCUACUUCUCUAUGUUGGCUGCUACCAGAUAUCUUUUGGACCAAUCAGUUGGCUUAUGGUGUCAGAGAUAUUCCCUCUUCGCACAAGAGGGCGAGGAAUUAGUCUUGCUGUUCUUACUAACUUCGGCUCAAAUGCAAUUGUGACUUUUGCUUUUUCACCAUUGGAGGAGCUGCUGGGGGCAGAGAACCUUUUCCUCCUCUUCGGUAUUAUUGCAUUGCUAUCACUCCUUUUUGUAAUUGUCUAUGUUCCAGAGACCAAAGGUUUGAGCUUGGAAGAAAUUGAAUCCAAAAUCUUGAAGUGAAAUCUUGAAGGCAACAGACCUAUCAUCCAGAGCUUCCAGACACCAAACAUUUGGUUGUCUGUGGACUUGUUUCGGUGUUGAUAUAGCAUGGUACCUGCUGUAUAUCCACUCAACCAUUAUUUCUCGUCACAUGAUGAGAGUUGCAGCUGGAAGUGAUGACCAUUGGCUUUUCGUUAGUUAGAGAAAUGAUUAAGUAAUAGUCCUAUCGGGCUAGUGUUCACAAUACUCUUACAAGAUGUUAUGUAACCAAAGAAAACAGAGACGUAUUGUUAAUAAAAAGAGUGGUUUCUGAACUUUGUGGCAUCACA